UUUGUUGCCCUUCGAAAAUAUUCCGGCUUGUGAAAAAUACUGGGGUAUUGUAUGUACUAAGCCGUUGUUGGUCAAAAAUCUGUCAAUCGCUUUUAAUUAUUUGUAAAUGUCGACUUUGUAGUUGUAGUAGCGGCGAUCGUUAGAUAUGCACCCACGGAUCUUGUGCAGUGGCACGGCUGCGGCUGUCGCUUCCAGGAGAAUAAGGACUAUCCUGGGCGCCGUCCUGGGAAGAGAGGGCUGGAUGUGGAGAAGCCAUGAGGUCAAAUUUCUCAACACAUCCUCUGGGGACACGGUGAUGAUUGGAGACAUUUCAUACAAACUCAAAACCCCACGCAACCCAGAGCUGGUUCCUGUGAAACACAUUUCAGAGUCCUUGCCCCAGGUUGUGGCCCAGCACUUGAGAUGGAUUAUGCAGAAAGACCUCCUGGGCCAGGAUGUCUUUCUAAUCGGUCCCCCUGGACCUUUGAGACGAACCAUAGCCAUGCAAUACCUUGAGUUGACCAAAAGAGAAGUGGAGUAUGUGGCUCUGUCCAGGGACACCACAGAGACUGACCUGAAACAGAGGAGGGAGAUCAGGGCCGGGACCGCUUUCUAUGUAGACCAGUGUGCCGUUAGGGCGGCCACUCAAGGCCGAGUUCUGGUUCUGGAGGGGCUGGAAAAGGCCGAGAGAAAUGUUCUGCCUGUGCUCAACAACCUCCUGGAGAACAGAGAGAUGCAGUUGGAGGACGGACGCUUCCUUAUGGCGUCCGAGCGCUAUGACAAGCUGUUAAAGGAGCACACCAAAGAAGAGCUGGACAGUUGGAAGAUUGUCCGUGUAAGCGAGGACUUCCGGGUCAUCGCCCUUGGCCUUCCUGUCCCCAAGUACAAAGGCAACCCCCUGGAUCCUCCCCUCCGCUCUCGAUUCCAGGCUCGAGACAUCUAUUACUUGCCGUUUAAGGACCAGUUGGAGCUGUUGUACACAGCAGGACCAAAUAUUCCCGCAGAGAGAGUGUCCCAGUUGCUGUCCCUUGCCACAACACUGUGCUCCCAGGAAUCAUCCAACUUGGGCCUUCCUGACUUCCCCAUGGACAACCUCUUCCAUGGCCUUAAUGUGCUGAAUGUGUUCCCCACGAUGUCCUCACAGCAGCUGGUCCAGAGCCUCUACCCCUACAACAUUAUGCUGGGCAAGGACGGGUGCAGCGCUGUGGAGAGUGUCCUCAGUAGAUUUGAGCUGAUGGAUGGCGGUCACAAGUCUCCAGGCAGCACCGUUGUCAGUGUGUCUAAGACAGCGGGCUUCGAAGGAUACGCAGACGUCACCAUGCGUGUUGCAGAUGAAGACGUUACCUUUCAGGUCCCCAUGGGCACCAAAGGGCCCCGCCCACCCAACUGUAACCCUGCCUUCAUCAGCACCCCUAGCCACAGUCAGCUGAUUGCUGACAUGAUGAAGUCACACAUGGUGAAGGACAUGUGUCUGAUAGGAGCCAAGGGUUGUGGCAAGUCAGUGAUUGCCAGAGAGUUCGCAGAGCUGCUUGGCUACAGCGUAGAACCGGUCAUGCUCUACCAGGACAUGACGGCCAGGGACCUUCUCCAGCAGAGAUUCACACUCCCUAACGGUGACACGGCAUGGCGUCCGUCUCCGUUGGUCACGGCCGCCAUGGAAGGCAAGCUGCUGCUGCUGGAUGGAAUACACAGGAUCAACUUGGGAACGCUGGCUGUUCUUUCAAGGUUACUCCAUGACCGUGAGUUGGAUCUGUAUGAUGGCACCAGGCUGCUGAGGUGGGACAGGUAUCAGGGACUGAAGGAGGAAAUGCAAUUUACUGACCAGCAACUUCAAGAGAGGUCAAUCUUCGCCAUCCACCCAUCGUUCAGAGUUCUCGCCCUCGCUGAGCCUCCAGUAGUGGGCGCCAUUGCGAACACCGGUGGCAAAAGCAAAGGUCAGCAGUGGCUGGGCCCCGAGUUGCUAACGAUGUUCCUGUAUCACACCGUCAGCCCGCUGGCCCGAGCAGAGGAGGUCGGCCUCCUGCAAGGACUGUCUCCCAAUGUCCCAAAAGAAGCCGCCGAGCAGCUACUGCACCUCACACACACACUGCGGCAGACAAAUGACUCCACGGCACAGUCACUGGCCUCCUCCCUCUCCACCAGACAGUUGUUGAGGAUAUGUCGCCGGCUCUCUCGCUAUCCCGAGGAGUGCAUCGCCCACGCCGUCAAUAAGGCUUGCCUGUCAAGGUUCCUGCCCAGCGUGGCUCGUGCGUCUUUGCAGAAAAGCCUCACCAACUGCUCCAUAGAAGAGACUCAUGAUGCUGAAAGCACACGUGACUUGACAUGUGUGGUCAAAGAUGGGGUGCUCACAAUCGGCAAAGUGUCCUCUCCUGUCUACAAGCCCAAUGAGAAAAUGAAGGUUCCGGAUGUGCUCUUCUAUGAUAAUCCCCAGCACAUGAUGGUGAUGGAGGACAUGUUGAAGGACUUCCUACUAGGAGAGCACCUUCUCCUGGUGGGCAACCAGGGUGUGGGUAAGAAUAAAAUAGUGGAUCGCUUCCUGCACCUUCUGAACCGACCCAGGGAGUACUUACAACUGCACAGAGAUACAACUGUACAGACGCUGACCUUGCAGCCUUCAGUCCGAGACGGCAUCAUCACAUAUGAGGACUCACCUCUGGUAAAAGCGGUGAAGAUGGGACACAUACUGGUAAUCGACGAGGCUGAUAAAGCCCCCACCAACGUCACCUGCAUCCUCAAAACCCUGGUGGAGAGCGGAGAGAUGAUCCUUGCAGACGGACGCAGAAUCAUCUCAGAUCCACUUGAAGCCAAGCGGAGGCCCAAGACCAUCGUCAUGCACCCUGACUUCAGAAUGAUUGUGCUGGCUAACAGACCAGGCUUCCCCUUCCUGGGCAAUGACUUCUUUGGCGCUCUGGGUGACAUCUUCAGCUGCCAUGCCGUGGACAACCCAAAGCCCCGGGCCGAGCUGGCCAUGUUGAAGCAGUACGGCCCGAACGUUCCCGAUGCCACCCUGGAGAAACUGGUGGCGGCCUUCGGAGAGCUCAGGUCCAUGGCCGACCAAGGCACCAUCGCCUACCCGUACUCCACCCGAGAGGUUGUCAACAUUGUCAAGCAUCUCCAGAAUUUCCCCGGCGAGGGUCUGGCUAACGUGGUGCGGAACGUCUUUGACUUUGACUCGUACAGCAAGGACACGCGCGACGUCCUGAUUGAAGCACUGCACAAGCACGGAAUCCCUAUUGGGGCCAAACCCAGCUCCGUCCAACUGGCCAACGAGUUGCCCUUGCCAGAAGCCAUGAUGACAUCAUACUGGACCGUCAGUCAAGGCGUCAACGCUCGGCGCAAAAUGCUGUGUCCAUCCGAGACACACCGCAUAGAUGUCAAGGGCCCUGCGUACCUGCGUGUUCAGGCCUAUCCUUGCCAAAGGCAGGAGAGCCGGGCAUUGAGUUUCAGCGAGGAAAAAGUCCACUGGCAGAUUCCCAUGAAUGAAGUGAACAUCAUCUCUGACGUCGCCACCAAAGAUGACAUGUUGUACGUGGCCACAUGUAACCCCGUGACCCUUUACUCCAUGAGGGAGCGUGGGGAGACUAUCCAUUGCGUGGAACUUUACAACAUUUUCCCCAGAACAGUCAGCGGUGUGUGGCAGCCCUUUGUCACAGUCGCCCCCCUUGGGAGUCCUUUGGAGGGGCAGGUGGUGCUGCACGAGGAACAGAGUAACACGGUGCUCCAUGUGGACAUGGCGACGGGCGCCGUGCGGAGGCUCACGUUGUCUCCACACAGCGAGCAGACCCCCAGCAAAACUUCCAAUUGGUGGAGCAGCAAGGAACCACAGGGUGAGUACAAGAUGUGUUGCGACUUUGCCCACAAGAACUGGCUGCUCUUCUACAAGGAAGACGGCAACCAGCUGGAGGUGCUAGAUGUGCUGGAGGGUCAGGUCCACACCAUCUCACUGCCAAUCAACCUUAAAUCCGUCUUCUUGGUGGCGGAGGAUCGCUGGCUACUGCUGGAGAGCAACACUGACAACAGGAAGUACCUGCUGACCAAGCCUAUGCACAUGGCGGCUGAGGAUUCUGGAGUGUGUCAGCUUCACAGCAUCAGUGAGGACGCCGUCAGCCCGGGGCACGGGACCAGCUCAGAUGGUGCAUGCAUUCCCCAGAUGAUGUCAUGUGACCAACUUCCCAACGAAAACCUCAGUGCUGCCCUCAGCCAAAAGAUCAUCUCACCAAAUCGCAUCAUGACCGACACCGGCUCCUUCGCCCGAGUCAUUGUGGGCUUCCCAGACCUCAUGUCUCCAAAUGAGGUGUACAGCUUUAAGAGGACCGUUGACCUGUCAGAGAUGAAGAGCAGCGGCGCUCACACGUUCCUCCGAGGUGGCCUCCGGACUACGUCCGCCAAGAGAAGCAAUUGCGUGAGUCUGCUCUCAGCCAAUCAGGUGGUCCGAGCUCUUCCGCCGAGCAAGGUGCCCCUGAAGGAGGUCUACCCCAAAGAUGUCACCCCUCCCAUGACUUCAGGCUACCUAGAAGUGACUGAUCUGAACUCGAAAAAAGUCAAAUAUAUUCCUGUUCCAAGGUCCAUGUCUGUGUCGCCUUACACCAGCUGGUUGUCCAAGGUGUCUGAAACCGACAUGCUGAUAGCACCACUCAGCUCAGGCGGCGUAGUCACCGUGGACAUGGGGGGCUACGUCCGUCUCUGGGAGACUGGGCUGGCUACACUGCAGCGAUCGCUGAUGGAGUGGAGGAAUAUGAUUGGCUCUGAGGAUGGCAGGCCUGUACAGAUUACUAUUAAGAGGGACAGUGGUUUGGACGUCAGUGCCCCGAAACACGGCAAGGUGGACCCCAAAAAUGCUCCUCACGUGGGCGGCAACCAAUGGGCGGGUGGCACAGGUGGCAGAGACACAGCUGGGCUGGGCGGCAGAGGGGGCCCUUAUCGCCUUGAUGCAGGACACAAGGUGUACCAGGUUUCUCAGGCAGAAAAGGAUGCCGUCCCAGAGGAGGUCCGCCAAGCCGCACGAGAAAUGGCAAGGAAAGCCUUCAAAGAGAGACUGAAGGAGAUAGACAUGAGUGAGUACGACGCCGCCACCUAUGAGCGAUUCUCCAGCGCGGUCAGGAGACAGGUUCAGUCUCUGCGCAUCAUCCUGGACACAUUGCAGGCUAAAGCAAAGGAGCGCCAGUGGCUGAAGAACCAGGCUCUGGGAGAACUGGACGAUGCUAAAAUCAUUGACGGCCUCACUGGAGAGAAAGCCAUAUAUAAACGCAGAGGAGAGCUCGACCCUGAGCCUGGCACUCCUCAGCAAAAGCCCAAGCGUUUGCGUGUGCUGGCUGACGUGUCAGGAAGCAUGUACCGCUUCAACGGCGUGGACGGCCGGCUGGAGCGCUCCAUGGAGGCCGUGUGCAUGGUCAUGGAGGCCCUUGAAAGCUACGAGCACAAGUUCAAGUAUGACAUCUUGGGCCACUCAGGCGACGGAUACGACAUCGAGCUGGUCCAAGUGAACAAAGUCCCCAAAAACAACAAGCAGAGACUCACUGUUCUCAAGACUAUGCAUGCCCAUGCUCAGUUCUGCAUGAGCGGUGACCACACUGUGGAGGGCACGGCUGCCAGCAUCAAGGAGCUGUCACAGGAGGAGGCCGACGAGCACUUUGUGGUGGUGCUGAGUGACGCCAACCUGGAGCGCUACGGCAUCAGGCCGGAGCACUUUGCCCGGGUGCUGACCUCCGACCCGCAGGUCAACGCCUUUGCCAUCUUCAUCGGGUCCCUAGGGGAUCAGGCUGAAAGACUCCAAAAGACCCUUCCUGCUGGGAGGUCCUUCGUCGCCAUGGACACCAAGCAGAUCCCCCAAAUACUACAGCAGAUCUUCACGUCCACCAUGCUGUCCAGUGCUUGAUGGUGCCUUAGACUGGUGACACACAUUCACAUGUUCAUCCUUACACUUUUUACAAUUUAAACAUGUCUGUUCAUUCACAUACACAUACAAUGUAAUCAUCAAUCUGUCCAUUCACAUACACACAGUGUAAACACCUGUCUGUCCAUUCACAUACACACAUAACGUAAAAUCUGUUCACACAGUCCAUUCACACAAACAUAACAUUUGACUAUUUACCUGUGCACUCAUGAUCUCAACAUCUAUCUAUCCGUUCACAUAUGCACAUAUUCAGAUAUAAUUUCAACAUAGGUACUGUAUGCCCAUUUACAUACGCACACAAUGUAAACAGUCUGUCCAUUCACAUUCACAUACACAUGUAAUGUAAAAUAUGUUAGUCAGUUGACAUACACACAUAACGUGUCUAUUUACAUGUAUACAAUCAACCUCUGUCCAUCCAUUCACAUAUAUGGGCACACAUUCACAUAUGCAGUCGUCCCUCGCUACAUCGCGGUUCGAACAUCACCCCCUCACUCUGUUGUGGAUUUUUGAAAAUUAAUUAAUAAAUGAUCGCUGUUUUGUGGUUGACUAUGGACUAGUAUUAGUCAACAAAUAUUGAAAGAUAGGUCGUAUGUAGUAUUCUGGUGAAUAAUGUUACAUUGAUGAGACAUGACAUUAGAUUAGAGUACCUUCACACUGCAUGGAGUCAGCCAUGGCAUGUUCGACAUGACAUAGCGAAAAAGAAGUUUUCCUCCCAUUUGGUGUGGAAGUGGCAAGUUUUUGGCUUCUUACUUUGUCCUUCUCUCCCACUCUUUCUUAAGUUUAGAAUAAAUACAUUGGAGGCUAACUAGUUAGCUCGGUAGCAUGAUAUGUUUAAAGUGGCGGGCGGCUCUCGUUUCCCUACAGUGAUCCCGUAGCCUGUGCAUUACAGUUGAGCAAUGUGUUGUAAACAAAGAAUAAGAGCAGUGUAAAGGUGACUAUAGGGGUGUUAUUUCAUGUCUACAGCGCUCUAAUAAUGGUAGAACAUGUAUGUAGAAAGUCAUAAACAGGCUUUUUAUGCUCUAACUAUGAAAAUAUUCAAUUUAUUAAUAUUGAAUCCUAAUUUGCGGAAAUUCACUUAUAGAGGUUGGGUCUGGUACCAUUUGACCGUGAUAAAUGAAGGACGCCUAAUUUAAAUAUAGGUACUAUAUGUCCAUUUAUAUACAUUUCCAUACACAUACAAAUUGACAUACAAACAUCCAUUGACAUACACACAUAACUUAAACGUUAUCUGUAUGUCCAUUCACAUUUACAUAAUCUUGAGGGCUGUUCAUCGUUACACUUGACUCCACGAUUUGUCGUCAUGUGUUCACAAAGUUAGAUUUAUUUUACUUCUAGAGCUGUGAAGUUCACACAGGAAAAAGUUAAUGUAUUAUUUCACAUAAGCCUUCAAUAAUUGCCUCAACUAGCCGACACGCAACCGAAUCGUCGAGGUGUUUGUCUCAUUGCGGCGGCAUACAAAGGUCACAAGCUUACCCUCAACAACCUGCCAACUUCUUGCUCGUUCAUCAUCAGGACAGUCCAGUCUUCGGAAGUGGUGAGCGUCUCGGGAAUGGAGGAGGGAAUUUCCCACCUGAGUGACGACACUCUUUCAAGGCAUCCGCCAUCAUUCAAAAGUUCCCCCGCUCCCUCCCACCGCUAAGUGUUUGUCACCCAUGUGGCAUCCGUGUCAACACCCCUGGCAUUGGCAGAUCCUCGAGACGCCUGCAUGGCCUUCAUCUCAGUCCUGCUUGGAAUCUGAGAUCUUAUUUCAUAGACAGACCUCCCACUCCGUUACCACAAACCCAUACAAAGCUGUCACUAUGAGGGGACAAGCUGUAGGAAGGAGAGUGACAUCAUAUUGUGUCAAAUAUUCUAUGGCCUUUUUUUAAAUUUUGGUUUUGAUGUGAUUUUAACAUGUCAGAAACUGCUCUGUAUUCAUUAUCAAAGUUGAGCAAGCUAGCUAGCAGGCACUUAAAUGAUAUUUGUUUUGUGAACACAUUAUGUUUGCCUGGAAACAAUUAUUUUUUUAAUAGAAUCGGAUGCUCCGCUGCAUCACACAGCAAAGAAAGGACAAGAAGAGUCGGCAGAAACAGGAAAUCACACUUUACAGAAAUGAUUACAAAAAUAGCAUUAUAGGACUUGCAAUUGAAAGACUGCUCUGUGUUUAAUAACAAAUACUGGAAAAAGAAGGGCCUAGUUGAGUAUGUUGGACUGAGCGGUUCAAUAGAACCACACGAGUAUUGAUUGCUGGUGGUUGUCCCACUUUAAUGUGACCUCAUUAAACAUCAUUUUCGAUGUCUCUGUUGAUUGAAAAAGUUUAUUUAGGAAACAAUGUAUAACAAUCAUAAACAUAUAUAUAUAUAAUUGUACAUAUUAACUUAUGUGACCAUAAAUACAAUGGCUAAUUUUAAUAAAAGAAAAAUGACACCAGUUUGUUGCUGUUGCUGGUUUGUUUUGGGGGUUUUUUUAAGUUCUGGAUGCUGCAGUAUGACAGGCCAGUCUCCACUUGGCUUCCGCGCUUCAUUUGAAGGAGACACUCGUUCUCCAUUGCUGCUGUUUGUUAGCGUGCCUCAUUUCCGGUUUCCGCCGCUUCCUGCACCACUACAGUAUUUUGAUGUAGAAAAGAGACUCUUUCCUUCUCUUACUAAUUUUGAUCACCGACAUCGAUGGAAUUAUUUGAGAAUUCCAUACUGCAAAAGUUUUCACAUAACACGGUGAGUGUAACGACUGAAAUGUAACGCACAGCUAGUGUUUUUUCAAAUGAGUACAUCGUAUUCAAGUGAUAUACUCUUAUAACUGCUGUCAAAUAUUGUUUUUUGGGUGUGUGAGUGUUUUGCGACAUUCUUUGGGACAUUUCUAGCUUCUGACCCUUAUGUUGGUUGAAAAUGGUAGUU